CGAGUUCUUUGCGCUGCCCCUCUAUGGCUUGGCAUCUGGUCCUCUCCAGGUGGCCCCUCAACACCACAAAGAUGCAUCGUGAGAGGACGGAAAAUAAUCGUACCGCGUGCAAAGACUAACACAGGUCCACCAAAAUGUUCUUCCAUAAUCUCGUGCUCUCUCCACGAUGGCGGAGGAAUUGGCCGGCAUUACUUGGCCCGAGGGGUUUACUCCACAAGCUCCCCUCGUGGUCCUCAUAAAUACUGCCCCGCCAUUUACUGCUCUCCACGACCUCCUGCUCUGAUCCAUCCCCUCAAAGUGAUAUAUUCUUUCUCCAUUCAUCGCUCCGCUCGACCAAUUUCACAAUGUCUAGGCCUGCUCCAGCCCGCACCGCAUCCACGAACCUCGGCAGCAGCCCUGGGCACAGGGUUCUGGACGGCAAAGUAGGAAUCGUCACUGGCGCAUCAAGAGGUAUCGGCGCCGCCAUCGCCCGCAAGCUCGCCAGUCAAGGCUGCAACCUCGUCCUCAACUACACCUCCGAAUCCUCCACCAAGAUCACCGAAGACCUCGCGAGCGAGCUAAAGUCGGAAUAUGGUGUUGAGGCGGUUCCGGUACAGGCGAGCAUGGGCUCCGAGAAUGGCCCAGAGCACAUCGUCGAGGUCGCCAAAAACCACUUCACCCACCCCAAGACGAACAAGUUCCAGAUCGACGUCAUCAUCAACAACGCCGGUGUAGCUGGAAACAACGUCCUGGGAAAGAUCAAAGCGGAUGACUUCGCACGGCAAUAUAACAUCAACGUCAGGGGACCACUCUUCCUCGUGCAGGCAGCACUGCCGUACCUCCCCCACGACCGAUCGGGCCGAAUCGUCAAUCUCUCCUCCGUCAGUUCGUCCCUGGGCUACAUCAGCCAGAGUGUAUACGGUGGAACAAAAUCAGCCCUCGAAGCCAUGACCCGAACCUGGGCGCGCGAGUUGGCCGAGCGCGCAACGGUCAACGCCAUCAACCCGGGUCCCGUCGCGACGGACAUGUACACCAGUACGGACGAGGCGUUCGUGGACCAGAACAGGCCGUUCAUUCAGCACACUCCGCUGGCCACACCUAGGGAGGGCAUCGAUCCCAAGGAGGUCUGGCACCCGCUCGAGAAGACGGGCGGACGCGCUGCGUACAGCGAGGAAAUCGCUGGGGUUGUUGCCAUGCUUUGCAGCCCAGAAGCAGGUUGGAGUACGGGAAGCGUAGUCUGUGCCAACGGCGGCAUGGUGUUCAGCACCGUCUAAAAUAAAAUGAAAUUGCCAUCACGGCACAAUGGUGAAAGGUAGCAUCUCGUCUAAGGUCUGGCUGCAGAGACUAGAGUAUGAUAAUUUCUCUGCAAGCGGGUGGAUACAUAGUAACAUAAGUAGCCAGCGAUAUGUAAUGAACGUAGGUUCUCCAUACGAGUUCCGCAACGGCAUAGCUUCAACUUUAAUUUACAUCAAUCAAGAUUCCCGUUG